ACUGUUGGAACGGAAAAAGGAAAGAGGAAAAAGCCUCAAGUCCACAAGAACACUUGAACCUCUCGUGCCUGAAUAGAACCACCGCCCAAUUCUCUUCGCACCUCUCCGGUUCACCGCACAAGUGAAGAUCAUUGAGAGUGCAUCAUGUCUUCUUCGCAAAAGACAGGUUUGCGUCCUCCAGUCCCACCCCGCCAUUUUGUUUCAUAAGCGCGUAAAGCAUGAUAAGAUCGCUAACCCUUAGACUGUUAUUCCCGAAAAGCAAUUCUUUCCGUCUAUAACAAGACCGGACUAUUGGAUCUCGCCAAUGGCCUAGCCCAGCAAGGGAUUAGGCUUCUGGCAUCUGGAGGCACAGCCAAGUUGAUUCGGGAGGCCGGGAUUAAGGUUGAGUAUGUACUCGAGUACAUCGGGCUCCUUUUCACAUUUCUUUGGGAAAACGUGUCAGUGCGGAUGCUGACCCCACGCUUUUACAUCUUAAAGGGAUGUGAGCAGCAUUACCCAUGCCCCUGAAAUGCUCGCCGGAAGGGUUAAGACUCUUCAUCCCGCCGUCCACGCAGGUAUGCUCACCCGCGCCGGCCUGAUCUUAAACAGAACUGACCCCCCAUUCCAGGCAUUCUUGCACGGGACCUCGAGUCUGACGAGAAGGACCUCGCCGAGCAAAACAUCGAUAAAGUCGAUUACGUCGUUUGCAAUUUGUAUCCCUUCAAAGAUACAAUUGCCAAGAUCAAUGUUACAAUUGCGGAGGCCGUCGAGGAGAUCGAUAUCGGUGGUGUGACGCUCUUGCGUGCCGCUGCCAAGAACCAUUCCCGUGUUACUAUCCUCUCGGAUCCGGCGGACUACCCUUCCUUCUUGGAGGAGCUGCGAAAUGGCGACCGUGAGGUCUCGGAGGCUUCUAGAAAGCUGUAUGCUCUGAAAGCCUUUGAGCAUACCGCCGAUUAUGACGCCACAAUUGCCGAGUUCUUCCGUAAGCGGUAUGCUGGCGACGGUGUCCAACACCUUACUCUUAGAUACGGUGCCAACCCGCAUCAGAAACCUGCUCAAGCUUUCGUCGAGUCCGGAGAGAUCCCCUUCAAAGUUCUUUCUGGGUCUCCUGGAUAUGUAAACCUUCUUGACGCUUUGAACUCCUGGCCACUUGUCAAGGAGCUCAGGGAGUCUCUCGAUCUUCCCGCCGCCGCUUCUUUCAAGCACGUCUCCCCUGCUGGUGCUGCUGUAGGUAUACCUCUCUCUGAGGUCGAGAAGAGAGUUUGCUUCGUCGACGAUAUUGAGGGACUUGAUGAUAGCCCUCUUGCGUGCGCAUACUCUAGGGCCCGUGGCGCCGACAGAAUGAGCAGUUUUGGGGACUGGGUUGCUCUGAGUGAUGAGGUGGAUGCUGUUACUGCUAGAAUCAUUGGCAGGGAAGUCUCUGAUGGCGUUAUUGCGCCCGCCUAUACUCCUGAGGCGUUGGAAGUUUUGAAGAAGAAGAAGGGUGGAAAGUACACUGUUCUCCAGAUCGAUCCAAGCUAUGAGGUAAGAUAUCGCACGGUAUUGCCGCGCCCCCAAAAUACUGACCCUUUUUCCAGCCCCCAAGCCUCGAAACCCGCCAAGUAUAUGGCAUAUCUCUUUGCCAGCAUAGAAAUGAUGUCAAAAUCACCGAAAAGACUUUCUCUCGCAUCAUCACUCCUAGCUCAGACUACAAGCUCCCACCCCAGGCCUUGAUCGACCUAACCGUCGCCACAAUCGCACUUAAGUACACGCAGUCAAACUCCGUGUGCUAUGCCAAGAAUGGCCAGAUUGUCGGUCUCGGUGCUGGUCAACAGUCUCGAAUCCACUGCACUAGGCUUGCCGGUGACAAGGCGGACAAUUGGUGGCUUAGGCAACACCCCCGUGUCCUCGACUUUAAGUGGAAGAAGGGUACCAAGAGGCCCGACAAGAGCAAUGCUGUCGACCUAUUUGUUUCCGGCUUGGUCCCCAAGAAGGUCGAGGGCGAUUUGGAGAGGGAGCAGUAUGAGAGUGUCUUUGAGGAGGUCCCUACCGAUUUUACGCCAGAGGAGAGAGAGGAAUGGCUGAAGCGAUGCACCGAUGUCUCUGUGUCUAGUGACGCUUUCGUAAGUUUCCCGGCCACGUUUUUAUCAAAGAGGCACAGGUCUAACGCUUUUUUUUCGCGCAGUUCCCCUUCACCGACAAUGUCUUCAGAGCCUAUAGGUCUGGGGUCAAGUACCUUGCUGCCCCUGGUGGUUCCGUAAUGGACCAAGCCGUUCACGAAGCUUCUGAGAAGUGUGGUAUGGUGUUUGUGCAUCAGGAGACCCGAUUGUUUCACCAUUAGGUUCGUUGGCUGGGGAAAGAUGUUUGGCCCCGGGAUGGUGAUUUGGAUGAUAGGGUUAGAUCUUGGGAAUUUGGGCGAACGCGGGGCGUAGAACUGUAUUCAUUCAAUAAAAUGGGAUUUCAAA